CACGAGCUCCAAGUUCACUCUGGUGCCGCACUGGUGCACCACGUGCACAACUUGCUUCUAGAAGACCUGCACGCACGCCAUCGUCGAGACAAUGCACCUCGCAAGAGCCACGCUGCGCCGCGGGCACCGCUGCCUCAGCACGCACUCAUCAGUGAUCAACGCCCUAGACGUGCCGGACAAAACACAGCACAAACCACUGCCAGCCGUGGACACGCGCUGCGGCACGCCGUCGCCGGACCACCCUCAACAAAACUGGUCGAAACAACAAAUCGACCGCGCGGCGAAGGACCAUGUGGUGUUUACGUACGGGCCGACGGACGCGCAAAGGGACGCGGUACCAUUAUUGAGGAGAGGCGAAGGCAGUUAUCUGUAUGAUGACGACGGCAAGCAGUAUUUAGACUGGACGUCGCAGGCCGUCUGUGCCAACUUAGGGCACACGGUGCCACAAUCGGUCAAGGCCGCCGUCGCCCAACAAUUAGAUACUUUACCGUACGUCUACGGCGGCUUAGGAUUGGUCGAGCCUAGAGCUAGACUAGCCUCCUUACUUUCAGAAAUACUGCCCGGCGAUUUAAACGGGUUCCUGUUCCCGUCGAGCGGCGCCGAGGCGAAUGAGGCCGCGAUUCGCAUCGCGCGGCAGUUUACCGGAAGAUCCAAAAUUCUAACACGAUAUCGAUCCUACCACGGCGGCACGGCGACGGCGCUGUCGGCCACGGGCGACUUUCGGAGGAACUUCAUUGAGGACGCGCCGGGUUUUGUGAGACUCAUGGACCCGAACCCGAUGCAGUUCUCCUGGGGUCGUGACAUGGCCGACGCGUCGGAGCGGGCGCGCGGCGCUUUAAGGGAGCAGGUCUUGGGGGAAGGUCCCGACACCAUCGCGGCGAUUCUAGUAGAGGCGAUUCCCGGAAGUGCGGGCGUGCUACUGCCGCCGGACGGCUAUCUGCAAGCUAUUCGAUCGAUCUGCGACGAGUUUGGGAUUGUCAUGAUUAUUGAUGAAGUGAUGGCGGGGUUUGGACGGACAGGUAAAAUGUUCGGGUUCCAGCGUUUUGAUGAUGUGCUGCCGGACAUUGUGACGUUCGCCAAGGGCCUCACGGCGGCGUGGCUGCCUUUGGCUGGUGUCGCGAUGCGCUCGCACAUCCAGGACCAUUUUCGUACAAAUCCUCUCGGGUAUGGUGCGACGUACCAGGCGCAUCCGGUCUCCCUCGCGUGUGGGUAUGCCGUGGUCAAACAUAUGUUGGAUGAGGAUAUUGUGGGAAGAGUGCAACGAGAAACGGCGCCGGUCAUGGAGGCGGAGAUGGCUUCCCUCGUAGAGGACUUUGCCUGUAUCCGGCAGGCGCGGGCCGUCGGUCUGUUCGCGUGCUGCGACUUGGUCUCCACCAAAACUGGAGACAGGGUCGCGCCGAUGGCCGGCGGCGGGCCGAAUGCGGAGAAGGUCGCGGCCUUCAAGCGCGCGCUCAAAGAAGAGGGCCUCAUUGCCUUUUUCCGCAACUGCAUGAUCCACGUCUGCCCGCCGCUGACGAUCACGCCGGAGGAGCUGCGCGACGGCUUCGGGCGGCUGCGGCGGGCGUUAUCUAGCGUGGACUUCUAGGGUUAACUUUAAUUGGGUGUG